GUUUGUUGUUUGCUUGAAGAUUUCUUUGCUGCCGUUUAUGGUCUUACUGUUGAGGCGUCAUACACUUCUUGCAAAACCCAUAUCGGAGAGUUUGGAUGUAUCACCAAAGCUUGAUUCACUCACGAAAAGAUAUGGAUUCCAUUCGAACCUUACGCCCUGGCAGAGUAGCAUGGAGGAUCAGAGCAAGGGUCAUUCGGAAAUGGGAGAUUGCUCCUACUUCUGAACCUUCCAAACCAUAUGCUUUGCAACUUGUCCUGAUUGAUUCUGAAGGUUCUAAAAUAGAGGCAAUUAUAAAGAAGUACAUGAUGAGUAAAUUCAUAAGGGACAUUGUUGAGGGCAAUGUCUAUAAGAUUGUAUAUUUCACUGUUGUGGACAACAAUGGUUCAUAUCGUGCUGCAGAACAUGAGUUCAAGAUU